AUGGAUUCCGCUGCUGCUGGGGAAAUUAUGGCCACGCUGGAUGACAUUGAACGCAUUGGGUGUUCCAACAUGAACGAGAAUGCUUGGAUUAUCAACAACACUGGAGCGGACGGGGAGCAGACGCUCAAGGAGAACCUGGCUGCCUUCCAGAGACUGCGUCUUCGGCCAAGGGUUCUCCGAGGCGUUGCACACCGGCAAUUGGAGGUAACCCUUUUGGGUGACCAGAAGCUGUCGCUACCGGUCGGGAUCUCGCCGACGGCCCUCCAUAAAUUAUCGCACCCGGACGGAGAAAUUGCCACCGCUAGAGGGAGCCAGGCUGAGAGAUCCUUGAUGAUACUGAGCACCCACAGCAGCACCAGCAUCGAAGAUGUGAAGCAGGCAGCACCAGAGGGAAUUUGCUGGUUCCAGGUGCAGAUCUUCAGAGACCGAGACCUUACAAGGAACCUCGUUAGCCGCGCCGAAAGGGCCGGCUGCCGAGCGAUCGUGCUCACCGCGGACAUGACAGUGACUGGAAAUCAUGUCGCCAGACGGAAGAAGGGUUGCAGCAUGCCGAAAGAAAUCAGGUUUGCCAACUUUGAAGGAAUCUUGGAAGACGGAUACACCGUACCCAACUCGCCGCUCAUCAGAAAGCAAGGACUGGUCGACCCUUCGCAGACCUGGGAUGACGUCAGUUGGUUGAGGAGCAUCACCAAGUUACCCGUGAUCCUCAAGGGAAUCACCACCGCCGAUGAUGCGGAGAAAGCCAUCAGCCACGGAGUUUCAGCGAUAAUUGUCUCAAACCACGGUGGUUGGCUGCUGGACGGAGUUGCAGCAACGAUUGAAAUCCUCCCCGAGAUCGUAAGUGCAGUCCGUGGCCGUGUCGAAGUCUACAUGGACGGCGGAGUCCGUCGAGGCACCGACGUGGUCAAGGCGCUGGCACUCGGCGCCAAGGCGGUGUUCGUUGGACGUCCCACCGUCUGGGGGCUGGCGUACAACGGUGAAGCCGGUGUGAGGAAGAUGCUCGCGAUACUGAGAGAGGAGGUGGAUCGAUCGCUGGCACUCAUGGGUUGCUCGUCCGUCGACCAACUGUGUCCUGAGAUGGUGGUGCACCAGGACCACUUUAUACAGGCCGACUAG